UUAAAUUAUGUUGUAAUAGUACAUUUGUUAUUUACAUAUAUUGUUUAAGAUCUGUCCCCUUUCGAUAAAAUAUACCCUCAAAGGUGCUGCAGCAACAGCCGAUGCAGUGAGAAACUAUCUGGCUUUAAUGCUGGCUCCGCUGUGUCUUAGCUGCCCACGCUGCCAGCUGCUUGGACGCCAUGGAGUUCGCUUAGCUAGAGCUGUGUUGGCCAAGCAAUUGGCCGAUAAUAAGGGCUCAGACAUUGAGAUUCCACCGGAGCCCACCAACUGCUGCAUGUCUGGUUGCGCCAACUGUGUGUGGAUUGAAUACGCUCAGACACUAACGAAGCUGCUGGAGGGCAAUGGCGAGCGUGCUCGAGAGAUUGUGCUGUCGAAGAUACAAGAUCCAAAUCUUCGAAUGUUCUUAGAGUUAGAAUUGCGCAAUAUUAAACUAAAGAGCGAGGAGGAAAAACAAACGAAAGGGGAACCAAAACCACAAAAAUAGUACAAAAUUGGCUGCCAAAAAAUUCUAAAUAAAAAAA